CGCCUUCAAAAAUUUAGUCGCCGAUUACCUUAAAAAUUGCAGAAAUAUUCAAAAAAGCUGAUGGACGGACUUAUGACCAAAAUGAAAUUAAUAUGAAAAAAAUACAAGCAUAUUACUUUUACAACAUUUAAAUUAUAAAUGGAUUAAAAUGGAACCAGAGUGUUUAUGGGUUUGCUUUUUGACGUAAUUGUGUUUUUCAGUUUACUUUGAUGGUGUUAAAUUUACUGGCAGAGAAAACAAAAUCAACAAAAUCAAAGGAUUUUUAUUGUUUUUUAAAAUAUUGUCUCGUCUUUUAUGAUGUCUUCUUAUUUGAAAAGAAAAAUAGUAAAAAAUUAUUAACACAAAAUUACACUGCAACAAAAGAGACAAAACCUUAAAUAACAAAUUAAAAAUUUCGAGCAGUUAGAUGCUUAAAAAAGCGUGAAAUAUACACUUAUAAUAACUAACAUCAUGUGUAAUGGAUACCACAUGUUUGGGUGGCGGAAGGCGAAAGAAGGAGCAGAAGCAGGAAAUAAUAGAAAAAGAAAUUUUCACACAAUCGAAAAACGAAACUGUAAAACAACAAGAAUUAAAAGAAAGCGAAGAACAUCAAUAUCAAAAUUAUCCUUCACAAUAUCAUCAUCCUUAUUAUCAAAUAGAAGAGGAACAAAAUUGGGAUCUUCAACAAAACAAAAAUCAAACCGAUAUUUAUUAUCCAGAACAUUAUUACGACAACGAAUUACAUCAACAAAAGAUUUUUCAUCAUCAACAUCAACACUAUUAUCAAAAUCAAAAUCAAAUUCAACUACAUCCUUGUUAUCGAAUCGAUCACAAGGAUAUAAUAGAGAAGAAAGAAAAUCAAAAACAAAAACAUUUAAAUUAUACUACGGAACAAAUAAUAAUGAAUCCAUUAAGUCCACAAAGAAAUAGUUCAAAUAGGAGCACAAAUAACAAUCAGAAUAAUAAUAAUAAUAAUAAUUCGAGUAGCAAUAAUAGUACAAAUUCUUCAACAAAAAGUUUACAAUUGAAUCAAAAUCUUCUGCAACAAUCACCAAAACAAAAACAUUCUCCGGAAAUAUUAUCAACAUCAGCAACAAUAACAGCAGGUGCAAUGAAUAAGAACUCUUUGGCAUCGAAUAUUUCAACUUCUGUUCAUCCGUCUAUAAUAACACCUACAUCAACAAUACCUUUUGUAACACCUUCCAGUAAUCUUACCGUUUCUAUUGCAUCAUCACCAUCAUCAACAGAUUUAGAUUUUACAAAUAAUAUUGCUACUUGUGGUAGAGAUAAUAAUGAAAGUUCUGAACUUUUAGAUAGAACUAAACCUUCUUCGUCAGAAUUUUUAAUGGCAGGAGGUCAAAUCAAGAGCAACAUAAUAAGUAGCAAAAGUAAAAAUCAACAAAAACAAAUAAAAAUUCAACAAAAAAGAUAUCCAAUAUUAGAUUUAGAUGCUAUAGAAGUAUGCAAUGAACAAGAAUCUGCAUUACAUCAACAGCAACAACAACAACAACAACAGCAACCAUUACAUUUUGCUCAACAAAUGUCUCUAAUAAAAUCGCUUCGAGGUAAAAAAUCACAACAACUACCAUCAUCUAACAUUAAAAAUUAUAAUUAUAAUCUAAUGGGUACAAAUGAAAGUUGUUCAAGUAGUCAAAGUAGCAAUAGUGGUUGUGGUUAUAAUGCAGCAACAUUAGAAGCAAAUGUUAAAUGGUCACAUAAUUUACCUAUAACAUCUGGUGCUUCAUUUAACACUGAUACUUUUUUUGGAAAUAAUGAAAUAAUCGAUGAUAUACCAUUACAGCAUCCACAUCCUUUUCAUCAUGAUUAUUCAUACGCUUACUAUGAACCAGGUGCUGCAAUGCGUCAUUCAAAUAUACCAACGCCAGAACAACAAGAUGUUUCAGAAUCACCUAAUCGUCCUCCACCACCAAAUUCAAUUAGAGCUCUACUGUCAAAAGGAAAGAAACAUAAAAUUCUUGUAUCACCUGCUGUAAGACAAAGUUAUCAAGCAAAAAUAGCAUCAUCACUUCAAGAAAAUUUCUAUGAAGAAAUCGAAUCUGAAACAAAAGGUGGAUGUUCACAAACCAGUAAACCACCAUCUGGUGCUAUGAAGUUAUCAAUGGUUGAAGAAGAAUUCCGUCGAGUUCAAUCAAACCAUCGAAAAAUACUUGGUGAAUUGAAUUUAUCUGUAGAAGCAAUGUUGAUGCCUAAAACUCCACCCAACAUUAGUCCAACCGGAAAAGAAACAUCACCGAUAUUGCAACAUAUCUCGGACAUUUCAAGUUCUAGCUCAUCUCAAUCGUUAAAUAAUAGAAAAGGUAAUAAUAAAUCUAAAACAUCAAAACCUAAUAAAUCAGCUGAUAAUAUUGAUGAACUCUUAAAUGCACCGACACAAUGUACUAAUAUAAUUUCAUCAGUUAGCAGUGGUAUCUCCAAUACAAUAUCAUUUUGUGUUGCUUCAAAUACUUGUUCAAUUGGUGAAGCUUCUGCUCCACCUAUAGAAGUUAGUAACACACCUUCUUCAAAUAUUUUAUCGUCAACGUGUGCUGGAAAUACAGAUUUAGAUAGUGGAUUUAGUGGUAGUAGCGGUGCUAGUUAUAUUGGCAGUUUACGUUAUCAUAAAACAAAUGCCGCUCUGUCUAAUAUAAUUUCUUCGAAAAAAUUAUUGAAUACAACAAAGAAAACAGGUAACGAUCAAAUUUUAAAAGAAGAUGUUCAAGAAACACAAAAUCAUGAAAAAUCAAAUCAAAAAUUCAGCGUUAGUUUUAGUGAAAGUAAUUUCAGUACGAUUAGUGAACAAUUAACGAAAAAUAGUCGAUCAUCACAAAGAUCUAAUCAAACUAAUUUUAGAAAUUUAAAGGGUAACAUUGAAGUAACUAGUGGUAAUAAUAAAAAUAAUAGUAAUUGUAAUCCAUUUAUUAUACAAUCCUCCCACGGUAAAAAAAUAUUAAAUUUUUCAAAGUUAAGUACAAUGGAACAAAUUAAUAGUAAAGUAACGACGCCUACUGAAUCAAAAGCUCGCAGUUUUUGGGCAAAAAAAGGUUGGAAAAAAUCUCAAACAUCGGCAAGUACUUCAAGUAUAGAUCAAGCAGGAAAAGAUCUUCAACACAAUGAGGGUUCAAAAUGAUGCAUAUAUAUAUUUUAUACAUAAACAAGUUUUCUUAUUAAAUUAAUAUUAUAUAAUUAAUUAUACAAUGAAAAUAUAAAGUUAAGAAAAGAAAAAC